AAAGAAGAAAAGAAAACAGAUAAAGUUUAAUUUAUUAUUCUAAAAUUAUAAUAAUAAAAGUGCGUGUGCUUUAUUUAAAUAAUGACAAUUUAUUAAAUAUUUAAAAUAAAUGGUUGUUUAUUAAUCGCUGAUGGGUACGAAAUCAGACGGCAUCAGUAGUAGAAGCGAAGAAGCAACAGCAACACCAGCAGCAACUCAACCGUUUUGGGUUUAGUAUCUAAAUUUAAACAUCUAACAUUAACGACAACGACUACGACGACGACGACCGACAGAGACAAGGAAAAACGCUAGUGGUGUGUGUUAUUAGUAGAGCUAGAGUAUCAAAGAAACAACUAAAACAAAAAUAAUAAUAAUAAUAAUAAUAAUAAUAAUAUAAUAAAGUAAGAUUGCAGUACUGUAGGAGUAGCAGCAGAUCAGAGCAGGGACAGGGACAGGGACAGGGACAGGGAUCCCCUCGAGUUAUUCAGCGAAGGUUGGCUGCGCGCGUUUCAGCCGGCAACGCAAUAAUAAUUACUACGCGAGUCAGUCAACAGUCUGCCGGCGGUGAGCAGACACCAAAGUCACUAGAGUGCACCAGAGUGCUCGGAUAACUAGUAUACCAGUAUACCGUCUUAAAUAUUUAUUAGUCUUUAGUCGGUGUGACACUAAAAUAAUCACUGGCACACUCGUGAAUUAACCGACCAAUAAGUAGGGUAAACAGUGCUUGGAAUUUACACUAUUUCUAAACAAUUACUCACUGUGUUUAAAUCUUUGUAAGUUUGUAAAUUCGUAAAUUUAUAAAUUGGUAAGAACACAGUAUCUGACUGUUUGACUCUCUAGCUAUCAGGACGCACGGAUUAUCGAUCGGAUUUGACCGGGCUAAAUUACUCUUUUCUUUAGUAUAGUGACGGUACUGAUAAUUCUGAUAAUUCUGAUAAUAUCUAUUGUUUCUUCAGUGUAAUAAAUAAAACGGUGUAAUUAUUAUUCGAUAUGGCUGCCCCAGUGGCUAGCACGCGGUUUAGUGAUAACUACGAUCUCAAGGAGGAACUUGGCAAGGGUGCAUUCUCAGUGGUACGUCGAUGUGUACAAAAAAGCACUGGACUUGAAUUUGCGGCAAAGGUUAUUAAUACAAAAAAACUAUCGCAAAGAGAUUUCCAAAAACUUGAACGUGAAGCCCGAAUAUGUAGGAAAUUACAGCAUCCAAAUAUUGUGAGAUUACAUGAAAGUAUACAAGAAGAACAUUGCCACUACCUUGUCUUUGAUUUAGUAACUGGAGGUGAACUUUUUGAGGAUAUAGUUGCUCGUGAAUUUUACAGCGAGGCUGAUGCUUCCCACUGUAUACAACAAAUUCUAGAAAGCGUCCAUCAUUGUCACCACAAUGGAAUUGUGCACAGAGAUCUAAAGCCUGAGAACCUUCUCCUCGCUAGCAAAGCGAAGGGUGCAGCUGUGAAAUUAGCAGAUUUUGGAUUAGCCAUUGAAUUACAGGGUGAUGCACAGGCGUGGUAUGGUUUUGCUGGUACGCCUGGUUACUUAAGUCCAGAAGUACUAAAAAAAGAACCAUAUGGUAAACCUGUAGAUAUUUGGGCAUGUGGAGUUAUUCUUUACAUUCUUCUUGUUGGCUAUCCUCCAUUUUGGGAUGAAGAUCAACAUCGAUUAUAUGGACAAAUAAAAGCUGGAGCAUAUGAUUAUCCAAGCCCUGAAUGGGAUACUGUAACGCCCGAAGCGAGAAAUCUCAUCAAUCAGAUGUUAACGGUAAAUCCAACGAGGCGCAUAACUGCUAGCGAAGCGCUUAGACACCCUUGGAUUUGUCAACGUGAACGUGUUGCAUCAGUGGUACACAGGCAAGAAACUGUGGAUUGCUUGAAGAAAUUCAAUGCAAGGCGCAAAUUAAAAGGCGCAAUAUUAACAACAAUGAUAGCGACGAGGAAUUUUUCCAGUAAGUAUGAUGCACAGGCUCGAAGCAUCAUUACGAAGAAAGGUGAUGGCUCUCAAGUGAAGGAAUCAACCGACAGCAGCACUACUAUUGAAGAUGAUGACGUCAAAGAGGAUAAAAAGGGAGGUGUCGACCGGAGCAGCACGGUCAUUGCCAAAGAACCUGAAGGCUACGCGUCUCAGGGCACACCACCGAGCAGUCCCGCAGCUGCGUCCAUAUUUUCAAAAGUUAUGGGUGCCGCUGCAGGAAAUAAACAAAUUCAGGGACCUGGAAACUCAUUAGGAAUUGCCGCAGUACUCCUUCACGGAGCACAAGCUGACAAUGGAAACAGCAACAGUAACGGCAGUAGCAGUGGAGGAAGUACUAGUACAAACAGUCAAAAUAGUCAAACGGGUAUAAUGUCAUCACUUCCAUCAAUAAUGAGCGUCAACAGUCCCCCACGACAACGCAACUCAUCAGUUACGGAAAUAAGAAUCAUGUGUCCCGUCAAGACCUGCAGCCAGCUCUCAACAAACUCGCAGUGCUCAGCUCGCCGGCAGGAGAUUAUCAAGAUGACUGAACAGCUCAUUGAAAGUAUUAAUACCGGUGACUUCGAGGGUUACACGAAAAUCUGUGAUCCACAUCUAACUGCAUUUGAACCAGAGGCUUUAGGUAAUUUAGUCGAAGGAAUGGACUUUCACAAAUUUUACUUUGAUAAUGCAGUCCUGGGGAAGAAUUCGAGUUGCAAGGCUGUCAAUACGACAAUUCUCAACCCUCAUGUGCAUUUACUUGGUGAAGAUGCUGCUUGUAUUGCCUAUGUCAGACUUACUCAAUUUGUAGACAAACAAGGUGUAGCGCAUACCCAGCAAAGUGAAGAGAGUCGUGUGUGGCAGAAAAAGGAUAACAAAUGGCAGAAUGUGCACUUCCAUCGAAGUGCAGUGACUGGGCCUUCGCCUUUCUCUUGCAAUCAUAAAUAAAAAAUCUGGUAUAAAUUAUUAAACUUAAUAAUAUGCAUAAUAUAUACUUUUUAUUGAUAAAGCAUUCAUUAAAAUUAGAUCUCGAUGAGUACUUAAAAAUAAUUAGUGUGCUGUGUCAUUUAUGCCGAUGAUAUUAUAAUCUUCUGAAAAAAAAAAAAAAAAAAAAAAAAAAAAAGAUGAAGAAAGAAAGAGAGAGAAAGAGAGAAUGAAAGAAAGAAAGAGAAAAAAAGAGAGAAAUUUUUGAAUAAAUAAUUAAUAAAAAAAAACUUUUAACGACAAUGUGUCACAAUUUAUCUUCUUUAUUAUUUUUAAUCGUGAGCACAUUGAAGCUCAACUUUAUGAAUGUUUUCAAUAUGACGAUAAUCUUCUUAACAAGUCUCUAUAACUACCAAAGCCAACUAAAUAAUGAAUAUAAAAAACAGAGAACAAGAAACAAAAAUGAAAGGAAAAAAAAAAGGUAUGCUAAAAAGAAAAAUAUGAAGCAUAUUUAGACAUAGAUUAGUUCAGAAUCGGUAUAAAAUUAAAAUUUUUUCGACAGUACAUUUUUUUUUGUACAUUGAAAAAAGUAUACUUUCUAAAAAAAUAUCUUAAUAGCUCAAUGAUAACAAUGCACCAAUACCUUAUCUGUACUAAUCUUUGACUUUAUUAUAACAAUAUGCAUUAUCGUCGAUAAGACUCGAGUAUUAACGAAGUCUGCUUAAUAUUUUUUAUUAGUUAGAGUAACAAAUUUAAUUAGGGAGUCGCAAUAGAAAAACUUUUGGCCCGAUCGAGCCUUGAUAUCGACCAACGUGCCAUGUAGUUACGACUCUUAUAUAAAAAUAUGAAACGAAAAAUAAAAAAAAAAAAAAAAAAAUAAAGAAAAAAGUAAAUAAAUAAAUAAAACAAAAUGAGAUAUUAAAACCUGAAAAACUUUGCCUAGAGUCUUAUACUUGAUAAGUGACUCUCGCCAAGACUGUAAUCAAUACAAUAAAUCAAGGAAGAAUAAAAAAUUUAAAAAAGUAAAUAAAAAACUACACGAUUAUAUGAUAUGGAAAUAUUUAAGCCUUAUAGAUCUUUAUUAUACGCUAGUAAAAUACUUACACAUCGCAGUGUGAUUGUAAGAUUCAUAUAGAUGCAUAUUAACAGCAACAUCUUUGUGGUGUGAUUGUAGUUUUGGGAUAAUUACAUUUACAUUUAUCGUAUACAUUAAUAACGCACCUUGAGUUUUAAAGAUUGUGUAAGUACUUUGAUGGCGUAUAAAGUAAGAUGGCGUAAUUGAAUUCGAUAAAUUAAUAUAUAGAGCGAAACAAUCACGUGGACCGGGACCUAAGUAAAAUGUGCGAUAAAAUAUUAUUUAUUAUUUUUAUUUAAAUUAGUCGAACAUAUCGACUUUUAAACUAAUCGAAUGCCUGAUCGACUCCCAAUAAUCUUUAUUAAACAAAUAUCGACAUAUUUUUUUUGUUUGUUUGUUUGUUUUUUUUUUUUUUUUUUUUUUUUUUUUUUUUUUGUUUAUAAAAGUUAAGGACUUUUGAAACAAAAAUGAAAAAUAAUAUAUACUUCUAAGCUUGUUAUUAAUCGUUUAAAACUCGUAAUUAUAUAUUAUCACUCAUGUGCGCACGUCUUUCUAAAUCAAUUAAAAAAAAUUUUUUAAAUAUUAUAUAUGUUAUUUAUAUGAAAUAAAUAUUAGUAUUAAACGGCGCCCAAGUCUUUUAUCAUAAUGUUAAGUAACUAAAAUUAAUCUCAUUAACAUUAAAUAUUAUUACUAGAAAAAAUUCAAAUUGAAAUGAAUUAAUUAUAUAUACGCAAAAGAAGUAUUAAAAAAAAAAAAAAAAAAAAAAAAA